AGUGGUCCUAUCACUCCCAGCGGUCUCCGCUGCCACAGCCGCCACCUCAGUCGCGAAGCGAUUGCCGGACGGGAGGGCCCUCGCCGGCGUCGUGCUGACGUCACGCGCGUGCUGACGUCGCCGGCGGCCGCGGCCUCUGAAGCGGGCUGGGGCUCGGGGGGCGCCGAGUUUGACUAGUUUGGGGGCCGCUGAGCGCUUGGCGUUGCUCCCGCCGCCCUCUGCGCCCCGCAAGCCGCGCCUCUAGCGGGCUAAGUGAGUCCCGCCCGCUCCCGCGGGGACCCGCACUAGAGGUUGGGCGGCGCUUGGAGAAAGUUGGCGGCUCACAGACUGGCAGGCGGGCGGGCGGGCGGCCGCAGCCAUGGAGCCCCGCAGCAUGGAGUAUUUCAGUGCCCAGGUGCAGCAGAAGGACGUCGGCGGCCGGCUGCAGGUUGGCCAGGAGCUCCUGCUCUACCUCGGCACCCCCGGCGCCAUCCCGGACCUGGAGGAGGACCUGGGCCGCCUGGGCAAGACGGUCGACGCGCUCACCGGCUGGGUGGGUUCGAGCAACUACCGGGUAUCAUUAAUGGGAUUGGAAAUUUUAAGUGCCUUUGUGGACAAAUUAUCAACACGAUUUAAAUCCUAUGUAGCAAUGGUUAUUGUAGCUUUAAUAGACAGAAUGGGAGAUACCAAAGACAAGGUUCGAGAGGAAGCUCAGACUCUGAUGCUGAAGUUAAUGGAUCAAGUAGCACCACCUGUGUACAUUUGGGAGCAGUUGGCUUCUGGUUUUAAACACAAGAAUUUUCGAUCUCGAGAAGGCGUGUGUCUGUGUCUUAUUGAAACCUUAAACAUUUUUGGGGCUCAGCCACUAGUCAUCAGCAAGUUGGUACCACAUUUGUGUGUCCUGUUUGGAGAUUCCAACAGUCAGGUAAGAGAUGCUGCAAUAUCGGCUAUAGUGGAGAUUUAUAGACAUGUGGGAGAAAAAGUGAGGAUGGAUCUUUAUAAGAGAGGAAUUCCCCCUGCUAGAUUAGAAAUGAUAUUUGCCAAAUUUGAUGAAGUGCAAAGUUCAGGCGGUAUGAUUUUGAGUGUCUGCAAAGAUAAAAGCUUCGAUGAUGAAGAAUCAGUGGAUGGAAAUAGGCCGUCAUCAGCUGCUUCAGCCUUCAAGGUUCCUGCACCUAAAACAUCCGGAAAUCCUGUCAACAGUGCAAGGAAGCCUGGUUCAGCAGGUGGCCCUAAGGUUGGAGGUACUUCUAAGGAAGGAGGCGCUGGAGCAGUUGAUGAAGAUGAUUUUAUAAAAGCUUUUACAGAUGUCCCUUCUAUUCAGAUUUAUUCUAGUCGAGAACUUGAAGAAACAUUAAAUAAAAUCAGGGAAAUUUUGUCAGAUGACAAACAUGACUGGGAUCAGCGUGCCAAUGCACUGAAGAAAAUUCGAUCACUGCUUGUUGCUGGAGCUGCACAGUAUGAUUGCUUUUUUCAACAUUUACGCUUGUUGGAUGGAGCACUUAAACUUUCAGCCAAGGAUCUUAGAUCCCAGGUGGUUAGAGAAGCUUGCAUUACUGUAGCCCACCUUUCAACAGUUUUAGGAAACAAGUUUGAUCAUGGCGCUGAAGCCAUUGUACCUACACUUUUUAAUCUGGUCCCCAAUAGUGCAAAAGUCAUGGCAACUUCUGGAUGUGCAGCAAUCAGAUUUAUCAUUCGGCAUACUCAUGUACCCAGACUUAUACCUUUAAUAACAAGCAAUUGCACAUCAAAAUCAGUUCCAGUGAGGAGACGUUCAUUUGAAUUUUUAGAUUUAUUGUUACAGGAGUGGCAGACUCAUUCAUUGGAAAGACAUGCAGCCGUCUUGGUUGAAACUAUUAAAAAGGGAAUUCAUGAUGCCGAUGCUGAGGCCAGAGUGGAGGCAAGAAAGACAUAUAUGGGUCUUAGAAACCACUUUCCUGGUGAAGCUGAAACAUUAUAUAAUUCCCUUGAGCCAUCUUAUCAGAAGAGUCUUCAAACUUACUUAAAGAGUUCUGGCAGUGUAGCAUCUCUUCCACAAUCAGACAGGUCCUCAUCUAGCUCACAGGAAAGUCUUAAUCGCCCUUUUUCAUCCAAAUGGUCUACAGCAAAUCCAUCAACCGUGGCUGGAAGAGUAUCAGCUGGCAGCAGCAAAGCCAGUUCCCUUCCAGGAAGCCUGCAGCGUUCACGAAGUGACAUUGAUGUGAAUGCUGCCGCUGGUGCCAAGGCACAUCAUGCUGCAGGACAGUCUGUGCGAAGCGGGCGGUUAGGUGCAGGUGCCCUGAAUCCAGGUUCCUAUGCAUCUCUAGAGGAUACUUCUGAAAAGCUGGAUGGAACAGCAUCUGAAGAUGGCCGGGUGAGAGCAAAACUUUCAGCACCGCUUGCUGGCAUGGGAAAUGCCAAGGCAGAUUCUAGAGGAAGAAGUCGAACAAAAAUGGUGUCUCAGUCACAGCCUGGUAGCCGGUCCGGGUCUCCAGGAAGAGUUCUGACCACAACAGCCCUGUCCACUGUGAGCUCUGGUGUUCAAAGAGUCCUGGUCAAUUCAGCCUCAGCACAAAAAAGAAGCAAGAUACCACGGAGCCAGGGCUGUAGCAGAGAGGCUAGUCCAUCUAGGCUUUCAGUGGCCCGAAGCAGUCGUAUUCCUCGACCAAGUGUGAGUCAAGGAUGCAGCCGGGAAGCUAGUCGGGAGAGCAGCAGGGACACAAGUCCUGUUCGCUCUUUUCAGCCCCUCGCCUCCAGACACCAUUCCAGAUCAACUGGUGCCCUCUACGCCCCCGAUGUGUAUGGGGCCUCAGGUCCAGGUUAUGGGAUCAGCCAAUCGAGUCGACUGUCGUCUUCUGUUAGUGCCAUGCGAGUCUUGAACACAGGUUCUGAUGUGGAGGAGGCGGUAGCAGAUGCCUUGCUCUUAGGAGACAUACGGACUAAGAAAAAACCAGCUCGAAGAAGAUAUGAAUCAUAUGGAAUGCAUUCCGAUGAUGAUGCCAACAGCGAUGCAUCUAGCGCUUGUUCAGAACGCUCCUAUAGUUCUCGAAAUGGUAGUAUUCCUACAUAUAUGAGGCAGACGGAAGAUGUGGCAGAAGUCCUCAACAGAUGUGCUAGUUCCAAUUGGUCAGAAAGGAAGGAAGGUCUCCUAGGUCUGCAGAACUUACUGAAAAAUCAGAGAACACUAAGUCGAGUUGAACUGAAAAGAUUAUGUGAAAUUUUCACAAGAAUGUUUGCUGAUCCCCAUGGCAAGGUAUUCAGCAUGUUUUUGGAGACUCUAGUGGAUUUCAUACAAGUCCACAAAGAUGAUCUUCAAGAUUGGUUGUUUGUGCUGCUGACACAGCUACUGAAAAAAAUGGGUGCUGAUUUGCUUGGAUCUGUUCAGGCAAAAGUUCAGAAAGCCCUUGAUGUUACAAGAGAAUCUUUUCCAAAUGAUCUUCAGUUCAAUAUUUUAAUGAGAUUUACGGUUGAUCAGACCCAAACACCAAGCUUAAAGACAGUCAAGCCAGCACUUCGGGACCAGCUUCACUCUUUUUGGAGCUCCAAGGUGAAAGUUGCUAUCCUUAAAUACAUAGAAACUCUGGCCAAACAGAUGGAUCCAGCAGAUUUUAUAAAUUCUAGUGAAACUCGCUUAGCAGUAUCUCGGGUCAUCACUUGGACAACAGAACCCAAAAGUUCUGAUGUUCGGAAGGCAGCACAGUCAGUGCUGAUAUCAUUAUUUGAACUCAAUACCCCAGAGUUUACAAUGUUAUUAGGAGCUUUACCAAAAACUUUUCAGGAUGGUGCUACCAAGCUUCUUCAUAAUCACCUUCGAAACACUGGCAAUGGAACCCAGAGUUCCAUGGGGAGUCCUUUGACAAGACCAACACCACGAUCACCAGCUAACUGGUCCAGUCCUCUUACUUCUCCUACCAAUACAUCACAGAAUACUUUAUCUCCAAGUGCAUUUGAUUAUGACACAGAAAAUAUGAACUCUGAAGAUAUUUAUAGCUCUCUUAGAGGUGUUACUGAAGCAAUCCAGAAUUUCAGCUUCCGUAGCCAAGAAGAUAUGAAUGAGCCAUUGAAAAGGGAUUCUAAAAAAGAUGAUGGCGAUUCAAUAUGUGGUGGUCCUGGGAUGUCUGACCCAAGAGCAGGAGGUGAUGCUACUGACUCAAGCCAAACAGCUCUUGAUAAUAAAGCUUCAUUGCUCCAUUCGAUGCCUACUCACUCCUCUCCACGCUCUCGAGACUAUAAUCCAUAUAACUAUUCAGAUAGCAUCAGUCCCUUCAACAAGUCAGCCCUCAAGGAAGCCAUGUUUGAUGAUGAUGCUGACCAGUUUCCUGACGAUCUUUCCCUAGACCAUUCUGACCUAGUCGCAGAGUUGUUGAAGGAGCUGUCUAACCACAAUGAACGUGUAGAAGAAAGAAAAAUCGCCCUCUAUGAACUUAUGAAACUGACACAGGAAGAAUCUUUUAGUGUUUGGGAUGAACACUUCAAAACAAUAUUGCUUUUAUUGCUUGAAACCCUUGGAGAUAAAGAGCCUACAAUCAGGGCUUUGGCAUUAAAGGUUUUAAGAGAAAUCCUAAGGCAUCAACCAGCAAGAUUUAAAAACUAUGCAGAAUUGACUGUCAUGAAAACACUGGAAGCACAUAAAGAUCCUCAUAAGGAGGUGGUGAGAUCUGCUGAAGAAGCAGCAUCAGUGUUGGCCACUUCAAUUAGUCCAGAGCAGUGCAUCAAAGUGCUUUGUCCUAUCAUUCAGACUGCAGAUUACCCAAUUAAUCUGGCUGCAAUCAAAAUGCAAACAAAAGUGAUAGAGAGAGUGUCCAAGGAAACCCUUAACCUGCUUUUGCCAGAGAUUAUGCCAGGUCUAAUACAGGGUUAUGAUAAUUCAGAGAGCAGUGUUCGGAAAGCUUGUGUCUUCUGUCUGGUGGCUGUUCAUGCGGUAAUUGGUGAUGAGCUAAAACCACAUCUCAGUCAACUCACUGGCAGUAAAAUGAAGCUACUGAAUCUUUAUAUCAAACGUGCACAAACGGGUUCUGGAGGAGCUGAUCCCACUACUGAUGUUUCUGGACAAAGUUAGUGAAGCUCGUCAAAGCGAACCAGGUCUCAAAAGAAAGGACAGAUAGACCACCCUCAUCAAUGAAAGGAAAUUCUCAAACACAUCCUUUGGAACUUACUAUUGUUUCCCAGUUUUAGUUUGUUCUUUUGUUUUGUUUUGUAUUUUCUGUAACAGAGGACUAUCCUCAGUCUGCAUGUAACUUUUAUGAUAGUUAUUCCAAAUUCAAGAAGAAGCAGUAUUAACAUCAAUUGAUCGAUACAAAGUAAUUUUUAAUCUAAUUCAUCAUUUCACAUGUUUGUACUUUGUCUUCCCAUUAACUUUGCCAGUGUUAUGAUUGUAUAAAUUUUUUUUAAUGCUGGUUAAACCGGAAUGCUUAAAGCUUUAAAAGUUUUAACAGUCUAAAACAUUUUUGCCUUUAUUCAACUGCAGAAUAAUAUUUUUAUUGCUACUUUAGUUUUGUUCCGUAUCAUGUCCUAUGCUAGAAAUAUUUAAAUGAUGUGAAACAAAGCAGGACUAAUUUGAACUACAGCUGGACUCUGUUUGUGUAAUGGUGAUACAUGUCAUUAGUUGCAACUUCUUUGGGGUGAUCUGUAGUUUGAAAACUAAAACCUCAAAGACAGAUGUUACAGAAUCAGCCAGUUCUGUAAAACUGAUAUUGUUUGUUGGUUAUUGAUCUUGCCAUCUUUAUUUAAAACCAUGUCCCUUCUAUGAUCCCUUAAGAAAGCUGCACCAAAUCAUCUGCCUGUUUUUUUCUUGAUACCGAAAUAGAAGGUUUUAUUGCAGGGUUUUUUUUGGUUUGUUUAUAUCUUUGUUGUGAAUGAUGCUUUUUUUGUAUUUAUUAAUAUCAAAUUCACUUAUGAAUAAACUUGCUAAAGGAAACAGACAAAAAAAAUCAAGUGCGUGUGUGUCCUUGACCGUCUUCUGUAUCUCACGUAAUAAACAAACUAAUUAUUGAGACAUGGGAGUGACCAGCACCUUUUCUUUAAAUGGUGGAACCUGGUUUCCUUUUACCAUGAAAUUGUCUUACUUGAAAAUAUUGAUCCUGAUGAGAGAGAAGAUGGUGCCAAGGCUAUCUUAGUAUAAUGGGCUCAAAUUCUCUACCUCUUCAGGGCUAAUACUUUUAACUGAGCUGCUGCCUAUAUUGUCUUUUGGAAAACUACUUAAAGGGUGAUUUUUCUGUUACUUUUUAACAAAUUUUUUUAAUCACCUUUUGCUACACCCGUUCUUUUCAUGUGCAGCCGACUUUCAAAGAUUACCACUUUUGGUGAAAGGCCAAAUUAGAUAAUUUGGAACCAGGAUACUAAUGAUUUCUCAUCUUCACUUUUUUUUAAUCCUAAUAUAAAGUGAAUUUGAUUGAAAAGGCAAAUAGCUAUUAGGGAAGCAAUUUGCUAUUGUUACAGAGUUAUCUGUACUUUCUUUGUUUAAUUGAAAAAAAUGUAGAAAUGUAUGUAAAGAAUUUAAGACAAGAAUACUGAAUGGAUGAUUUGUCAUAGGCUUUCCCCUUCCUUUGUUUCUGUUCUAGCAGCAGGCAAAGUUUCUCUAUUUCUUCUCCCUCUACCUGUAACAAUUUUGUUUUCUACUGUUAAUUACAUUGUGUAUUUAUAGUUCUAUGCUUACUGUUGUGCAUAUACUGGCAAUAAAACUGUACAUAACAUUACUUGAAAAAGUUAAUAA